GUUACGCAGCCACUUGCAACAAGGUAUUUUGUCACGAGAUGGCACGCGAAACCAAGUCACGACUUUGAUGUAACACGGGUUACGGACGCGCUGGCGCUGCAUCCCGCCCUUAGAUCUUGGAGUCCUUUUUUUUUUUCUGAGAAGAUGUUUCGGUGGACGUGAAGAAAUUGUGUAAAACGAAGUAAAAGGGAGCAAAGUGGCGUGAUUUUAGAGAGGCUAAUUGCGCCGGAUUUGUCAAGCUUGCACUGUCACUUGGUAUAGUCUUCGGGCAGCAAGAAGAGCUGUUACUAAAAUGGAAGGUCAAAAGAAACAGAUAACUGGUUAUCUCCUCUUCUCUGUGACAACUGUGGUCAUUGGUUCCCUGCAAUUUGGCUACAACACUGGAGUAAUAAAUGCUCCGGAACAGAAAUUGCGUACGUUCUUCAAUGAUACCUGGAUAGAACGCUACCAGCAGCCUAUCAGUCCUGGGAUGUGCACAUUUAUCUGGAGCUUUUCUGUGGCCGUCUUCAGUGUUGGUGGCAUGGUUGGGUCUUUCAGUGUUGGAGUUAUGGCGAACAAGUUUGGAAGGCGUAAUUCUAUGAUGAUAGUUAAUGUUCUGGCCUUGAUUGGUGCAGCCCUGAUGGGGUUCUCCACCCUGAGCUCCUCAUUUGAAAUGGUGAUUGCAGGACGGCUGGUGAUUGGCUUGUUCUGUGGCUUGUGUACCGGCCUGACCCCUAUGUAUGUUGGAGAAGUGUCCCCCACCUCCCUUCGGGGGGCUUUUGGGACACUGCACCAACUAGGAGUAGUGGUGGGAAUCUUAAUUGCCCAGAUAUUUGGUCUGGAGGUGUUGCUGGGUUCUGAUAGGCUGUGGCCCGUGUUGCUCGCACUGACGGCAUUGCCAGCUGUGGUUCAAUUUAUACUGUUACCCUUCUGUCCUGAGAGCCCCCGUUACCUGCUCAUCAACAGGAAUGAGGAGGAGCUUGCCCGCAAAGCACUGGUGAAACUGCGUGGCUGUGACGAUGUGACUGAAGACAUGCUAGAGAUGAAAGAAGAGAGCAUGAAAAUGGCCAUGGAGAAGAAAGUGACCAUACUUGAGAUCUUGCGUUCCCCACUAUAUAGACAGCCCAUUGUCAUUGCUAUUAUGCUGCAGUUGUCCCAGCAACUCUCUGGAAUAAAUGCUGUAUUCUACUACUCCACUGGAAUUUUUAUGACUGCAGGUGUAACUCAACCUAUCUAUGCCACAAUUGGAGCUGGAGCUGUCAACACACUAUUUACUAUAGUAUCGCUGUUCCUGGUAGAGAAGGCAGGGCGAAGGACUCUUCAUCUCCUUGGAUUGGCUGGAAUGGCCAUUAGUGCCCUACUCUUGACAAUUGCACUUUUGUUGAAGGACAUCCAGUCUCUAAGCUACCUGAGCAUUGCAGCAGUGUUUGCCUUUGUGGCAAUGUUUGAGAUGGGCCCUGGGCCCAUACCUUGGUUCAUUGUGGCUGAGCUGUUUUCCCAAGGCCCACGCCCAGCUGCUAUGGCCUUGGCUGGCUUUUCAAACUGGACAUCUAAUUUCCUUGUGGGAAUCAGUUUUCCUAAACUAGAGGAAUUAUGCGGCCCUUAUGUUUUCAUCAUCUUCAUGAUCUUUCUCAUCAUCUUCUUUGUCUUCACCUUCUUUUAUGUUCCUGAGACAAAGGGACGGACCUUUGAAGACAUUGCCCGUGGUUUCAGUGGUUCUGCCAAUCCUGCCUCCAACCCUUCGCAGCCUCCUCCUCUUGAGGUUGAGGGCUCUGAUUCUGUUUCCCCUACUAAAGAGAAAGUUAUGGUAGAGGAUGUCCCAGCUGAGGAAAAGAUUAAAAGCCCUGAAAAGACUGCAAAUGAUUCAUAGACCAUGUUAGGUGUACCUAAAAAGUUAUGUGUGUAUACAUACAGUCACGUGAUUUUUUAAAUUAAUCCUUUCCUGACACCAAAAUUUAAGAUGCCAAAAUCUGAUUUCGCAUUAUUUUAAAUGGAAAAAAUAACAUGUUCCCAGCCCAUCUGAAAACCCUAUGGCAGUUUUCCAAACUAUCAUGAGAGCACUGUUAAAGACCAGUAUAACUAUAAACCCAUGAUUUCAGCAAGGUAGAAAACUCUUACAUUUACAUGUAUAUUUAUUCCUUUUAGCAGAUGCUUUUCUCCAAAGCAACGUUCAUGUCAAUAAUACAAGAGUAUUACACCAACAGACAGAGAUCUGGAUCCAGACACAAGUCACUUCAUGAUUACACACACACACACGCACACACACAUACAGACGCACACACACUGUCUGAAGCCGCUUG